CUCGAUUUUUGGUUUCAGUAAACCUAUUUUAUAAUAUCAACAGAUGGUAUAUAGUAAAAAAUUAAUCUUUUAAAUUUAUUGGAAAAAUAAAUAAAAUAUAAUAGAAUUGUUUAUUUAAAAUUUUUAAUUAGAAAUAAUCAGUAAAUAUCUAUGCAAAAUAAGUACAAGCUCAAACAAAACAAGUUCGACACUUAAAUUGAUAGUUUAACAAAUUUAAAUUAACAACUGCGUAGCGCGGUAAAAAUCUUGGUAGAUUUAUAACACUAUCAGUAUCGGAGAGUACUAUCUCUUGAAUCUCUCUCACUAUAUAUGAGUAUUUAGGUACAUAAAUUAUCAAAUUAAAAACUCAUGAAAAAUAUUCACAUGAUUUUAUUUAUUUGACUAUUAAUUUACUUCUUGAGACAUCUUCCUAAUGCGAAAGUCUCUAACCGGAUGACUGUUAGAUUGAUUCAAAUGUACUAUAUAAUAUGUUCCUUUUGACAAAUUACAUACGUGUUCAGAGGCUCACUCAAACGGGAGAAUGGAAAGUCCCCUUUGCGGAUUGUACUGUGAGACAAAGAAGCAGUGGAGUUGGAAUGUGUAUAUCAUAAUUUUAUUUAUUUGUAACAUGGCCGUAAGGUAAAGCCCAUCUAUGUAGAACUCACAGCCUCAUGGUUUGGUGAGUGUCAUGAAUGACUUGGUGAGAAUGUCACUUAUCCUUUCCUUAAUUCUUAUUGUUUAUACCUUCUUUAUGUUCAACUUUUUUUUUGACAAAAAAAAAGGAAUUUUUUUUCUGUUUUUAAUAGUAGUGAUGGUGUAUUGGUUUGAGGAAAACAAAGUUUCUAGCGUGAUUUAGGGACAUAUUAAAAUAUGUUAUUGCACCACUCAAAUUUAGUUAAAUAUAUAGUGGGAUCAACGUGUGUCAUAAAAUAAUAAAAUAAGAAGUAUAUAACAACACAAACACAAAGAUUUUAUCUUCCUUAAACCACUCUUCACAAUGGAAAUGAUGUUAAUUUAUGUUUGCUUGGCCAUCUUCUUAGCUUUUCUCUUCCUUAAACCACUAUUCACAAGAACCACCACCACCACCAAGCUUAAGCUACCACCCUCUCCGUGGCGACUUCCGGUCAUAGGAAAUCUCCACCAGCUCAGCCUCCACCCUCACCGCUCUCUCCAUUCCCUCAGCCUUCGCUCUGGGCCACUCAUGCUCCUUCACUUUGGUUGCGUCCCUACGAUCGUAGUCUCCUCCGCUGAUGUAGCUCAUGACCUGUUGAAAACACACGAUCUAAACUUUUCUAAUCGCCCGAGAACAAGAACGGUCGAAAAACUUUUUAAAGGGACAGAAAUAGCCUUUGCCCCCUAUGGAGAAUAUUGGAGGCAGAUGAAGAGUAUUUGCGUUAUGAAUCUCCUUACCAACAAAACGAUUCGAUCCUUCGAGAAUAUAAGAGCAGAAGAGAUCAAUUUAUUAAUGGAGAAGCUUGAGAAAGCGAGUUCUUCUUCUUCACCAGUAAACCUAAGCAAGUUCUUCAUUAGUUUUUCAAACGAUGUUAUAACCAGAGUCGUCUUGGGGAAAAAGUAUAGCACCGAGGGAGGUGAAUAUAUUUCUCAGAGCGUAGUGAGAAAAUUCACCGAGGGAGGUGAAUUCUAUAAUUUUUGUUCUUUUUAUCUUUUUUUUCUUUUCUCUUUUUGCAGGAUAUGUUGUUCGGGGCAGCGCCAACAACUUUUACACUAUUAGAGUGGACAAUGACAGAGCUUUUGAGACAUCCAGAGUGUAUGAAGAAACUCAAAGAUGAGAUUUGUUCUGUUUCAACCCAUAACUUAUAUGUAACUGAGCAAGAAGCUGAGAAAAUAAAUUAUUUAAAUCUUGUGGUUAAGGAGGUGCUUUGACUACAUCCCGGGGUUCCAUUAGCUCCGCGACAAUUGAGUGACGUUGUCAAAGUACAUGGAUACGACAUAGCUGCAGGAACACAAGUGCUAAUCAAUAUAUGGGCAAUCCAAAGAGACGUUUCAGCUUGGGGACAAGAUGCAGAAGAGUUAAGGCCAGGGAGGCAUUUAGAUACGGUUGUAGAUUUUCAAGGACAAAAUCUAAAGUUUAUUCCAUUUGGAUCAGGGAGAAGGCAAUGUCCUGGAAGUGGAUAUGUAGUAGCCUUGGUGGAAGUCACAUAGGCCAACCUAGUGUAACGGUUCGACUGGAAAGUUGACGUAGGAGCAAUGGGAGAUGAGAAGCCUGAUAUAGCUGAAGCUAUUGGUAUUGAUGUUUGUCGCAAGGACCCUCUUAUUGUUUGUCCAUCUUCUGUUUAAUAUUUCUUUAAAAGUCAUUUUAUGCGUGAAAUAUGUUAAAUAUACUAAAAGGGGUAAGUAAACUUUUUGUAGAAAAAGGAAAAAAAAAAAGAGUGAGGAAACUAGGUAAAAGACAGCUUGUGUUAAAUCAAUAUAUUCUCAAACGUUGUC